AUGUUGGGACCUGCUGCUGAUACCGGGGCGAAGCCACUGAUUGAUCAGGCUGCUGGGAUCUACUCGCGUAAGGGUUAUACAGGCAUUAUUCACAAGUUGUUUUCUGACGUUAGCAAAAUUAAUUUGAAUCCAUACGGAGAGGAUGAUAACGAGGAGGUUGCGACGGACCCAGAGAUUGAAUUACUGGUACAAGCAACAUAUCCCGCUAGUGACGAUGAGGCUUUUAGUGACAGUGACUACGAGACCGACGUAGAACGAGAUACCGAUGAGUCGUGCGUGGAUGAGGAUUUUGAUGAGGAGGAGGAUGAGGAGGACGAGAAAGAGGAGCAGAAGGGAUGGGCGGCCGCGGCGGCCAAGGCGCUUGGCUUUCGCUGA